CGAUGGUUGUGUUGGACCUGAAUGCAUCACGAGCGACUAGUCGAACAAGAAGUCAACAAAGUUAAACAAUCGAAAAUAAUCAUUUCACGGAUCACCCUUGAGAGUGAAUCAACUCGCCAAUAUUUUUUUUAAUCAUUAUUGUGUUUUGUUUUCCACACGGAAUAACGAUAAGAAGCAGCGGAGACGACCUUUUCCCUUCGGUCUAGUAGCAGUCAUGGACGGAAGCCAUGAUCCAGCAGCGUGUCUUCAAGCAGGAGGCCGAAUGAAAGUGUGAGACCAGCGGCAGGAGUGAACCGUGCUAGUAGGCUCGAAACAGGUAGUUACAAAUGUGAACAAUAAAUACAUUAUUCCCCCACCCCAGUCUGCGAUGGCACCUGGAAGACUGACCGCGUCAGACGUAAGGCUUUAGCGAAACGGCACCCCAACCCCCCCCACCCGGGACCGCCAUGCAGCAGAAAGGCGCCAUCCAGAUCAUCGAAUGGGAGGACCUAGACAAGAGGAAGUUCUACUCUCUCGGCGUGCUCAUGACACUGAGCACGCGCGCCACCGUGUACCCGGCCAGCCUGGUUCGAACGCGGCUGCAGGUGCAGAAGGGCAAGACGCUCUACUCGGGCACGGCGGACGCUUUCUGCAAGAUCCUGCGGGCGGAGGGCGUGCGGGGCUUGUACCGCGGCUUUAUGAUCAACACCUUCACGCUGGUGUCGGGCCAGGCGUACAUCACCACGUAUGAGCUGGCGCGCAGGCAGGUGUCGCGCUACUCGUCCAGCAACACCCUCAAGUCGGUGGCAGCGGGCGGGGCGGCGUCGCUGGUGGCGCAGACCAUCACGGUGCCCAUCGACGUGGUGUCGCAGCAUCUCAUGAUGGGCGAGCACAGUGGCCGCUUCAAGGCCAAGCCCAAGAUGAUGCUGGCGACCGCCAAGCGUGGGACGACCUUCGGCCAGACGCGGGACAUAUCCGUGCAGAUCUUCGCCGCCGACGGGUUCAGGGGUUUCUACAGGGGCUACGUGGCCUCCCUGCUCACCUACAUCCCAAACAGCGCCCUCUGGUGGCCUUUUUAUCAUUUUUACGCAGAGCAGCUGUCUUUGAGGGCCCCCAGCGAGUGCCCCCACCUCCUGCUGCAGGCGCUUGCCGGGCCCAUGGCCGCCGCCACCGCCUCCACCAUCACCAACCCCAUGGACGUGGUUCGGGCCAGGGUGCAGGUGGAGGGCCGCUCGUCUGUGGUGGAGACCUUCAAGCAGCUGCUGGCGGAGGAGGGCCUCGGCGCUGUGACCAAGGGGCUGUCGGCCCGCAUCAUCUCCUCCACGCCCACAUCGCUGCUCAUCGUGGUGGGCUACGAAACCCUCAAGAGGCUCAGCCUGCGAGACGACCUGGUCCAUUACAGACACUGGUAGACCGGGAGGACAAAAACGCCCAAUGCUGCAUUUUACCUCAUGACGGGUGCCCGCUUUGCUCUCAGCAACAGUACUGCCCAGAAAUGUCAUAAUGUUGAGAGAGACUCUUGCUAGACUAAAAAACGGCUUGCUUUUUAUUUAGAAAUAACAUUUGCUCGUACGGCGGGACCUCCAACGCGGAACAAAAUCUAUUUCGUGACACUGCCAGACUUCAGAGUCAAUUAUUUUGCCACCGGAAAUCAGGUUGAGCGAAUCAAUGCACUCUUCAGGCGAUGUUUAACGAACGUGGGAGAGAGGCCGAACCCUGCUGUAAGCAAAUUAAUCCAGUGAAAAGUAAACUUUUAUUUAUUGAUUGUGUAAGCCGUAAAUAUAUUGUGCCAGGUCAAAGUCACUUUCCUGCAUAACUUUAAUGGGCCCUACUUGACACCAAGUGCUACUUUCCUACUAGCAAGAGCUUUGGCACCAUCUAGUGGCCGCUUAGGGUAUUUCAGGGAGCACCCACAAAAAUGUGACUGAUUGUAACAGUUGUACAAGAGUAAAAAGAAAAGAACUCCUGCUUGAUGUUACCACUCACCAUUUGAAGACCACAGACAAGCGGAAACAAAGAUGCGUUUGCAGCAUGCAUUGUUUAAACAGUUCUUCUGGUUGCUGUUCAUUUUUGUAGCUUUUUGCCGUUACUGUGACACUUCUGCAAAACACCGUUUUAUUCAAAAACGAGUCUCCACUCCAAGCGUUUGAUGUGACUUUGGAGGUUCUGCUGUAUUGUAUUCGUGUGAUAUGUGGAUAAAUGAACUGUACACCUUU